AUGGCUUCUUCGGCUUCAAUGCAGAUGGUUCACACAUCACGCUCCGUUUCUCAGAUUGGUUUUGGUGUUAAUUCGCAGUUAAUUUCCGCAAAUCGAACAUCUCAAUCAGUUUGUUUCAGAGCUCGUUCCUCAUUAUCUUCGAGAUUGCACUAUGCAACAAGUUUCCCUCUUAAGCAAAUCUCCGGAGCUUACGCAACCACCAAGCUUCAGAGAACUGAUUGUGUUAAAGCAAUGGCGGCUGAGGAAGAAGAAAUACUAGAACCUCAAGCUAAAGUGACACACAAGGUUUACUUUGAUGUUGAAAUUGGAGGUGAAGUAGCUGGAAGAAUUGUGAUGGGUCUCUUUGGAGAUGUUGUGCCUAAAACGGUCGAGAACUUCCGUGUCUUGUGUACUGGUGAGAAAAAGUACGGGUACAAGGGUUCUUCGUUCCAUCGUAUUAUCAAGGAUUUCAUGAUCCAAGGAGGUGAUUUCACCGAGGGAAAUGGUACCGGAGGUAUUAGUAUUUACGGUGCUAAGUUCGAAGAUGAAAACUUCACCCUGAAACAUACCGGACCUGGAAUCUUGAGCAUGGCAAAUGCUGGUCCUAAUACUAAUGGAAGCCAGUUUUUCAUUUGCACCGUUAAGACUCCAUGGUUAGAUAACAAGCAUGUUGUGUUUGGACAAGUAAUUGAAGGUAUGAAGCUUGUGAGGACUCUUGAAUCUCAGCCGACACGCGCGAUGGAUGUUCCCAAGAAAGGUUGCAGAAUCUAUGCCUGCGGAGAGCUCCCGCUUGAAGCUUGA